GCUCGGCCGGCGAUUCGCGGUUGAGCCAAAGGGGAGAGGAUGUUGCUAGCACCCAGUGUGGAGGCACUGCCGUUUUCACAAUAACAUCAUCUAAAUUUGCAUCUUUGCUUACCUUUUCUGUGGAUCAUAUUGCAAACGCUUCUGGGAGUCGUGCAUCUUGGAUCGCAUCCUCUUAUUUGGCGGUUAUAUUUUGAGACUACGUCCUUUGUUGACAAUGGAAGCGGAUCGGUUUGCAGAUUUACAGGGCUCGUUUUUGCAGGAGCAGAAACAAGAAUCAUGGCUGGCCAGCUAGGCCGCAGAUGGGGGGGUUUGUAGCAAACAACAGGCGUGUUUGGACACAAAAUACGCCAUAUUGUAUUGCUCUUACCGUUAAAUGGUAGUUCGAAGAAUCCAGUGUGUUAAAACGCGAUUGUCGCUCAGUUUUGUUUUUGCGUGGUACCUAAGACAAGCUAACAAAUCCGCUCGCCCCGCAACCUUGACUGCCUGACGUCGUCGUUAGCCCAUUAGCCGGCUAACGAUAGCCAGCGUUUCUUGGGCAGCAGUCCGUUCAAAUAAUUUUAAAAUACGUAAACGGGCAUUGCUGGCGUUGUUGGACUGACACCCAUUAUCACGUGUCCAGUGAUAAUUUGGAUUGCCCAUUUAACUUGUUACGUUUGCCCUGGAUGAAUGUGGAACAAAAUGGAGACCCCGACGAUUGUGUACGAUUUGGAUACAUCUGGGGGCUUAAUGGAGCAAAUUCAGACACUUCUGGCGCCCCCAAAGUCUGAGGAGGUUGAAAAGAGAAGUCGGAAGUUGGGGAGAGACGUCCGUAGAAGCGGCAGGGCCACCAACCACGACACCUGCGAUAGUUGCAGAGAAGGAGGGGAUUUGUUGUGUUGUGAUCAUUGCCCUGCAGCGUUCCACCUCCAGUGCUGCAACCCACCCCUGAGUGAAGAGAUGCUUCCUCCAGGAGAAUGGAUGUGCCACCGCUGCAAUGUUCGAAAAAAGAAGCGAGAGCAAAAGUCUGAACAAACCAACGGCCUGCUGGAAAAGUCUUCUGUUAAUAAACGUGCUUCCUCUCCAGCUAUGGAGCUGGAGCUUGGCACUGGCCCACUGCGUCUUGAUGGCCUUCCCCCAGGGGCUGGAGCAGCAGGGCCUGGUCUUCGCGUGGCCCAGGUACGCCUCUUGGACCGUAGGAGUAGCAGCAGGCCAAGCAGCCGGCCAGGCACGCCAACUUCCAAUACUUCGUCGACCCCUACCCCCUCAGAGGAGCAGAAUGAUGGAGAAGAGGAGGCGCCUGAGGAUGAUGUUCAGGGCACAGAGCUGGAGAAUACUGUAUUAUCUUCUCCAGUACCACGUCUUCUCAAGAGGCCCUUUCAGCUGCUCAUAGCAGCCGCUUUGGAGAGAAAUCCUACACAGUUCCAGCUACCUAGCGAACUUACAUGUACCACUGCAUUGCCAGGCAGCAGUAAACGAAGGAAAAAGGAGGAAUUGCUUGGCAGGCCAUUCAGGCGACCGCAAUAUGAACUAGAUCCGAAUGGUCUGGUGCCAUUACCAGUCAAAGUCUGUUUUUCAUGCAACAGAAGUUGCAGGUUGGCUCCCUUGAUACAGUGCGACUACUGUCCUCUCCUGUUCCACACGGACUGUCUGGACCCACCCCUUACAGCUUUACCUGCUGGUAAAUGGAUGUGCCCAAAUCACGUUGAGCAUUUAGUGCUAAAUCAGAGAAGCCUUAGCCUGUCCAGUCGGUGUCAGCUUUUCGAUGAGUUUCAAGACAGAAUGUCCCAACAUGCAGUCAAGUUGGACUUUCUUCGCAGAGUCCAUCGGCAGUUUUCACCAAACUGUCGGACCACUCAGCAGUGCAACAAAAAGACUAUCAAGGUACCAGAUGCCAUCAAGUCCCAGUACAGGAAUCCACCCUCCAUUCUACAUCCUGCAGGGGUGCGCCAAUUGGAGUUAGUUUGUAAUGGUCCCCCUGAACAUCACUCCUCAAAGCACCUCACCACAGAUGCUGAACAGCAGGAGUGGCUUCAGGAUGUCAUCGCGCUCCAGUGCAGCAUCAUGCGACACUUGUCCACCAAGCAGAAUACUUCAUCCAAGCCACCAUCCGCACAGUUGGAUUCUGACGAUAAAGAUGUGUGUAAAUCUUGUACAGUGCCAGAGGAUGUGAGAAGAAAACCUUCUUUACAAAGGACUUCUUCUCCUGGCCCGUGCUCUAAACUUUGCAGUCCAUCUGAUGACCCAGAUGGGCCCUCUCUAACACGGGACACAUUAUCACAGCAGGUUGGUUCUAAAUGCAACAUGCCACCCUGCCAGAGCUGUACUAAACAUAAUGGACCUCUACCAGAGGAGUGUCACCCUUCCAUAGCAAAUGGACCAUUAGACUGCAACAGUGAAUCCCAGUAUUGCGUACAGGAACUCCCACAGCACAGACUGAAGCACUGCACAGACACCCUUGAAUCAGCUGCCUGUGACCUGGUGAACCACAUAGGAACAGAAACACUGAAAAAGGAGCCUGAGAGCGCUACAGAAGCUUGCAGUCCAAAACAUCACCCUGUAUCCACAAUUAUGUGCUCUCAAAGCAACAUGCAGAACCAUAGGCCCCAGGCAGAGCUCCAGAUUGAGAGUAUGAGCAACAACAUUAAGCCCUCUGACACCAUUACCAGCCAAGAGCAAUGUCCAAACAACGCUGAAUCGCCAUCAUCAAAUCCAGAUGCGAAGGCUGGCUUGGUACUGACGGACUCAAAUUCAGUCUCUUCCAUCACUAAUCUCUGCAUGAAAGAUUGUAUGGAUGAUAAUGGGGGGAUUGAGCUGGGCAUGCUUGAUACAGAGAUGAUUAAGUUAUUGGCAUGGCAGAGGGUCCAGCAGCUUUUCCCUAGUAAAGCCCACAGCACUCUAUCUACAGAUGCCAGCGACGCUCCCAAACCCCCACCAUCACUCCCUGACUAUCAGAAAAAGUUGCAGGCCCGGGCUGUCUUCUACCCACUAACAGGAAAAGGAAAGGCUGUUAGCAUGUGCUAUCGAACGUUAUACAUAGGAUCUGGUGCUGAUAUGGAUGUGUGCCUUCCAAACUAUGGUCAUUGCAACUUCAUAUCGGGGAAACACGCCUGUAUAUUCUACGAUGAGAACACCAAGCAUUAUGAGUUGCUAAACUACAGUGAGCAUGGUACUACGGUGGACAACGUCCUUUACUCCUGUGAUUUCUCUGAGAAGGCCUCGCCAUCUCCACCCAGUGGCCUAGUGGCUAAGGUCCAAGGCAUCAUUCGUCGCAGCAAGAAAUGGGCAGAUGAAGAGGAUCCCACAUCUGUGGUGGGAUUGCUCCCAGUUGGCGGAGUCAUGAGCAGCCACCCUCAAGGUGGCUUGGAGCAGUUAUGCAGCUGUAAGGCAAGCAGCUCAAGCCUGAUUGGAGGCAGUGGGGCAGGCUGGGAGGGCACAGCCAUGCUCCACCACGGUAGCUACAUAAAACUUGGUUGCCUCCAGUUUGUGUUUAGCAUCACAGAAUUUUCCAGUAAGCAGCCCAAGGAGGAAGACAGUGCCACACCUACUACCAAUUGCACCAGCAGCAGCAGCACUUUUAGCAUCACACACACCACAAUUCUACCACCUCCCCGUGAGGCUGCCACAGCCAGCAGCCCCUCCAGCCAGGAUGAGAUGGAAACAGCACCUUCCGACCAAGUGCUCACGGUGGAAUCCAAAUUUGUCCCGUAAUUCAAAACAGGAUAUCCCACCUUCCCUCUGUUUUCAUUUUGCACCUGCUAUGACAUACAGUAAAGGGAAAGCUGCACAGUUGGCCGGUGGACAGGGAAUUUUUUUAGGUCAUUGUUAAUGAUUUAUACAUUUGCAUGAACUUGGGAAUAUAAUUGACAAUCUGUUCUAUUUUUGAAUGACUGACAUCCAACCUUCAGUUCAUAUUAGGCUGACAUUGAACGAAGAAUAUUACUCCAUGCUCAAUUAUUUCGCCAGUACCAGUAUAUUAUGUAUAAUGUAAUCUUACUUUGUCAGUCUGUCUGUUUAGCACAAAUGUUUAAUUUUGUUGUUUUGACUUACAUGCAUUGUUGAUUUCUUUUGCUGCCUUUGUGCCACAGGUAGCUUUAUUUGUAUGAAAAGGUACACUACUGCGCACAAAUUUGGGGUCAUCACAAAAUGUCCAUUAAAAAAAGUACUGUUUGUGCACUAUUAUCAGAACAUAAGAGGUGUGUGUUUGUGUGUGGGGGGGUCACUUGUCCUUAUUUUCAAAGCAAAAGACUUAAAAAAAAAAAAAAAAAAAUGCAUUAACAUUGACUUGAGAUAUCCUGGCUAUACAUGAUUCAAAACAGCCCAAAAUUCUUGAAAGGCGGAAGAACACGCUCACCAUUGCCAUCAUGCCAUUGUCUGGUUGAGCCCAGGCCUUUUGAACGGUAGUGUACAUUUUCAUACACUCUAUCUGUAAAUAUGUGUGAUUCAGUGUCUCUCAAUUGGAGAAGCAUUGCAUUUUGUGUAGAUUCACCAUGUUUGGCUUUUAACUGUACAACCCAUGAAAUUUGUGAUACUGUGUAGACGACUAGAGAUUUUGUGAUAAACCUUGUUCAUAGUCUGUACUCUGCUAUCAUCAAUAUGCAGUGAUUUUUAGCACUCAUUUUAACAUCUUGUGCAGCCCUGUAUAUAAGUACUCUUUUUCUGUAACUUCUCAUCUCAUAACUGUAAAUACAUAAAGAUUUUCUAAGUACAAGCUCA